AUGACUGACGAACCGCCGCGCAUUGAAGCUUAUCGCGCUCCUAAGAUCCCGCCGUUUUGGAAAAGCGAACCCGAGGCAUGGAUUCUCCAAGUAGAGGCGUCAUUACGAGUCGCGGCAAUUACCGUUGACCGAACCAAGGCGGAUUAUCUCCUCACCGGCCUUGACAGCGAUGUAAUCGCGCAUAUCGCGGAUUUACUCAAAGCCGAUCCUCCGAUCGAUAAUUUAUUUGAUAGCCUCAAAGAGCGUAUUCUAUCCGUUUAUGCAAUUUCUCCCGAGUCGCGCUUGCGGACCCUAUUGAAAGGUCAAGUCUUAGGGGAUCAAAAACCCUCACAUUUAUUAAACCGAAUGAAAAAUCUUAACAAUGGACAAUGCAGUCCACAAGUUCUUCGGUCUCUAUUUAUCGAGCAGCUUCCUGACUCUCAUAGAGCGAUCCUAGCGGCAAUAAAUGAGCAGGAUCUACAAAAAUUAGCGGAAAUUGCGGAUAGAAUAACGGAAAUUAACAAUCCUAACACCUCCGUGGUACCUUUUGUCGCAUCCGCGUCUAAACAAAAAGACAUGGUCCGCGACAUUCAACCGAUUCUACCUCUUUAUAUCCAGAUCGUAUAUUGA